AUGGCGGCGCAGGCAAACAAAGAUGCUGCGGAGGCCAUUGAGAUGGAGAAUCCCCCAAUGACCCGACCGGCAGUACUUGCGGAUAAGCUUCAAGAUGGAGAUGAGGCUCUUCAUAUUCUGCAGACCGAGUUUGUGGAAUAUACUGCCGAGGAAGAAAGAAAGCUGCGGUGGAAGAUUGACCUUCGCCUGGUGACUGUUAUGUUGAUUGUCAACGGAAUCCAGUUUGUUGAUAAAUUGACUAUCAGCUACGCCGCAACGUAUGGCAUGAUUACUGAAGCCCACCUGAUCGGGCAAGAGUACAGUCUGCUGAUCACCCUGUUUUACAUUGGAUAUCUUGUUGCCCAAUAUCCGACCAACUACCUCAUGCAGCGGUUCCCGACUGGCAAAUACUUGACUGUUAACUUCAUUCUGUGGGGGAUUACACUUGCUGCAACUGGAAGCGCCAGAAGCUUUGCAACCCUAGCCCCUGCUCGAUUUUUCUUGGGCGUCUUCGAAUCUUGCCUUAACCCCGGCUUCGUUCUGAUCUCUUCAUCAUGGUGGAAGAGAGAGGAGCAGGCCGCUCGCAUCGGUCUUUGGUAUAGUGCCAACGGACUGGCAUCUGUCCCGGCGGGUGUGUUGUUCUGGGCCAUUGCACACAUUAAGGUUGACAACUUGUUCCCCUAUCAAUGGAUGUUUAUCAUCUUCGGCGCCUUGACUGUCCUUAUUGGAGUCAGUCUGUGGUGGAUUCUCCCCGACACUCCCCUUACAUGCCCGUGGCUCUCAGACCGAGAGCGAGUCAUUGCCGUCCAACGUCUCAAGGAUAACCGAACCGGUGUCAAGAACACCCACCACAAGAAGGAUCAGGUCAUCGAGACCCUCUCUGACUACCGUGUGUGGAUGUUGUUGCUCGCCAUCUUCUGCCACAACAUGACCAAUAGUCUGCAGACAAACUUUACCGGAAUCAUCAUCAAGGGCUUCGGCUACGACACUUACCAGGCCGUACUGCUUCAGAUCCCCGCCGGCGCUAUCAUGGCGGCUUCAAUGGUCCUCAUCGGUUUCUUCCUUUCGUCCAGAUGGGGCCAAGGGAAGCAGAUCUUCACCAUCAUUGCUUGCUACAUCCCGGGAAUCAUUGCAUGCGGUAUUCUGUAUGGUACUCCCGUGAAGCAAUCCACUCGAAGCUCUCAUCUCGCUGCUAUCUUCCUGAUCCCGAUCGUUGCCUCAGCUGGGGGUAUGAUGUACUCGAUCCUCGCGGGCAACAUCGCUGGAUAUACCAAGAAGACCGUGACUGGUACUCUAUUCUUCUCAGCAUACUGUGUGGCAAACAUUAUCUCGCCGCAAACUUUCCUCUCCAAGCAGGCGCCAAAGUAUUCGACUGGAGUGUUUGUGACCCUUGCGGCUUUUAUCAUCAACAUCAUUCUGUUCUCGGUUCUGUACGUUGUCUAUUCGCGGGAAAAUGCCGCACGUCGAUGCGAAAUGGAGGAAAGUGGAGAGAUGGAUGAAGUGAGCGAUUUAGCUAAUGCGUUCUCGGACCUGACGGAUCGGCAGAACCGCCGGCUGAUCUACAAGCUUUGA